AUGCAGCUGAAGACAAUCGGGGAAAUAAACGCACACCCACCGGUUUUUGGCAGCAGCAGCAGCAGCAGCAGCGGGAGUAGUAGCAGCAGCAGUCUCAGCGAGAGCAGCAGCAGCAGCAGCAGCGGCGGAAGCAGCGGCAGCAGCAACAGCGGGAGCAGCAGCAGCAGCGCCUCCGGCAGACGAGCUGCCGCAGCAGCGUAG